CGCCAUCCUCUUCCGCCGUUGCCGAGCGACAGAGGAAGCUUCGGUCUCGCCAGCUUUGCUACAUCUCGCUACUUUUACACCGACCAACCAAAGCGAUGGAGGUGACGAUGGACCCUUUGUUUCUGGCGUGGAGCUACUUCAGGAGGCGAAAGCUCCAACAAUGUUCCGAUAUUUGCACAAAAAUAUUACAAGACAGUCCGUACGACCAGGCUGCAUGGAGCUUGAAAACUCGCGCUCUUACCGAGAUGGUAUACAUAGAUGAAGUUGAGGUCGACCAGGAGGGGAUUGCUGAGAUGAUGCUGGAUGAGAGCUCUAUUGCUCAGGUUGCACGACCUGGAACAUCACUGAGACUUCCUGGAACAAGUCAGGGCGGAGGUCCCACACCAGCUGUAAGGCCUAUGACACAAUCAGGGCGUCCUAUAACAGGAUUUGUGAGACCCAGCACACAGUCAGGACGUCCUGGGACGAUGGAGCAAGCCAUUAAGACCCCCCGCACAGCAAGCACUGCUCGUCCUGUCACUAGUGCGUCUGGCAGAUUCAUCCGUCUGGGAACAGCCUCUAUGUUAACUAAUCCAGAUGGACCAUUUAUAAACUUGUCGAGACUGAAUCUGGCCAAGUAUUCCCAAAAGCCCAAUUUAUCCAGGACGCUGUUUGAGUUCAUCUUCCAUCAUGAAAAUGAUGUGAAAAAUGCUUUAGAUUUGGCUGCUCAAGCUACUGAACAUGCUCAGUUUAAAGACUGGUGGUGGAAAGUUCAGCUGGGGAAAUGCUACUACAGGCUCGGUUUAUACCGAGAAGCAGAAAAACAGUUUAGAUCUGCCCUCAACCACCAAGAGGUGGUGGAUACAUAUCUCUACCUUGCAAAGGUAUAUCAGCGCAUGGAUCAACCAAUAACAGCACUCAACCUUUUCAAGCAAGGCCUCGACCACUUUCCCGGUGAGGUUACUCUUCUAACAGGAAUUGCUCGCAUACACGAGGAGAUGAACAAUAUUUCAUCAGCCACAGAGUACUACAAAGAUGUCUUGAAGCAGGACAACACUCACGUGGAGGCUAUAGCUUGUAUAGGCAGCAAUCACUUCUACACUGACCAGCCUGAGAUCGCUCUGCGCUUCUACAGACGGCUCCUCCAGAUGGGGGUGUAUAACUGCCAGCUGUAUAACAACCUUGGCCUGUGCUGCUUCUACGCCCAGCAGUACGACAUGACUCUGUCCUCAUUUGAGAGAGCUCUGGCCCUGGUGGCCAAUGAUGAAGAACAGUCUGACGUGUGGUACAACAUCGGACAAGUGGCUGUGGGCAUCGGGGAUUUGACAUUGGCCUACCAGUGUUUUAAACUGGCUUUGGCUUUCAAUAACGACCAUGCUGAGGCCUACAACAACCUGGCUGUGCUGGAGCUGCGCAAAGGUCGCAUCGAACAGUCUAAAGCCUUCCUGCAGACUGCUGCAUCACUGGCCCCUCACAUGUAUGAGCCACACUUCAAUCUCUCCAUUCUCUCUGAAAAGAUCGGAGACCUCCAGAGCAGCUACACUGCGGCCCAAAAGUCUGAGGACUCCUUUCCCGAGCACGUCGACACUCAGCAGCUUCUUAAGCAACUUCGGCAGCACUUUGCAGCGCUGUGAGCGUCCAACCAUGAAUUUGGAUUGA